AUUCGUUACGAUGAUAUGUUGGAAGCCGCAAGCUAGCUAGCCUAGCUGUAGUGAUGAAGUACUAAAUAAGAGAUGGACGGAGGUCCGCGCUUCGCAGGGGGGUUUAAUAAUCAACCCCCGUCUAGAGUGGUCCUUUGGGCAUCUGUGUUUUUAGCUUUUUCUUCUGUAAAGAAACAUUUACCUUCUUAAUAAUGACACAGUUAGCCUGCUAGCGCGCUAAGCUAGGCUAACAGUAGCGGGUUUCGGUUCUAUGGCCGAUCCUCCCAAUUUAACUCGCGUCACUGCAAACAGACAUUUCUGACUUAGCGACGCUCUGUCGUUUUUGAGUGGACCGGAUUUGUCUGCUCGGGGUUCGAGUCUUCUAUUGCUUUGCGAAACCGUGUAGUCUGGAAUGGAGCCAGGUGGAUUACGAGAAAGCCCCGCCGGUUCGGGGGAGUCAGACAUGGGGGACUGCUGGCGGGAGGUCACCCCCCGCGUGGAUGAGGAGGGGAAGUCGGUGGAAACGGAGAUGACAGCGGCAGAGAUGGCACUUAGGGAGACUCAACAGGAAGGAGAGAAGCAGAGAAACGUCGUGGAGCAUCUGAACAGCCCGCACGAAGAGGAGCUUGAUCCACGGAUCCAGCAAGAGUUAGAGCAGCUGAAUGAAGCCAGUGCAGAAAUCAACAGACUGGAGCUGCUGUUAGAUGACGCCAGAUCCAGCUACCGGAAGAUCCUGACGGAGUCUGCCAGGAAGCUGAACGCGCAUAGCUCGCAGCUCGGGAGCUGCAUCGACAAGGCCAGGCCUUAUUAUGAAGCUCGCCGCCUUGCUAAAGAGGCACAGCAGGAGACCCAGAAGGCAGCUCUGAGCUACGAGAGGGCCGUUUCCAUGCACGCAGCUGCCAGGGAGAUGGUGUACGUGGCUGAGCAGGGCCUGCUGGCUGAUGGCACUAACACUCUGGAUCCCACCUGGCAGGAGAUGCUUAACCAUGCCACUGCAAAGGUGAACGAGGCUGAGGAGGAGCGCGUGCGCAGCGAGCGAGAGCACAUGCGCGUCACACACGCCUGUCAGGAAGCCGAGGCUCGAGUCCAGAUGCUGCAGAAGUCCCUGAAGAGACUCAUCGUGAAGUCCAAACCUUACUUUGAGCUCAAGGCCCAGUUCAACCACAUCCUGGAGGAGCACAAAACCAAAGUGCUGCAGCUGGAACAGCAAGUCUCCAAAGUGAAGAACCACUACUCAAUCGCCCUGCGGAACUUGGAGCAGAUCAGCGAGCAGAUCCACGCUCAGAGGGGAACGGACCCGGCUGAGGGAGAGCUCUCCUCCCUGUGCGGUGGGCGGAGCCCCCCUGUGGGGGCUGAGGCAGACACCAGAGUGCAGGAGGAGGGUGGAGCCUGCAGUAGGGGAAACUCUAUAAGCAAAGACAAACUGAAUACAGCCCUUGAUGCGGUGGAUCAAUACAAAGAGAAAACUGAGCCAGAGAGGGAGCGAGCCGGGUCGGACUCGCUGUCCGUCUUCAGCCUGCAGACCAUCGCCUCUGACCUGGAGAAAUAUGAUUCCGUGGAGCACCUGGGCGACCUCAGCGACGUGGGCAGCGUAACUGGGGAUGAGGGAGAAAGAGACAAAGGGGUGGUGGUAAAUAAAACAAACAGGCUGCCGGAAAGCUCCGUCAGGGACCGGCAGCUGCAGUUCUCCAAGCAGCACCACCGCAGCUUCAGCCUGUGAGCGCAGUGUCCAGGAGAGGCAGCCCACUGGACAAGCUGGAAUGAUGUUGAUGUAAAUAACACUAAAGGAAAACACUAGAGUUCUAACACUACUGAAGUCCUGAGUCCUCCUCCCCCCGCCCCCUAAGCAUGAAGAUGUCUGAGGGGGACAUAUUUAUGAGGUUGCCAUUUCUUACUUCUCAGGCUUUUUGGGGGAAGAGAUUUGCUGAGACUGUGAAAAAACAAGCCGCUUCCACCUCUCCCUCUCCUCUGUCACAUCAAGUCCAAUCAGCCCCCCGCCCCAAGGUAGAGGGGAAGUCCCGGUCCUCUGGAGACGCACGGAGGUCCAGGAGAAAUGACAAAACACUCCUGACGCCACAGAGCGAAGAUGGGAUUUAUGGAACGCUCCUGGAGACUGUUUACACGCUUCAGCUGAGAAGCAGCACUCCUGAAACGAACAGAAACUCAGCCAUGUUUGUAUUUUAUGCCAUAACAAUCAGACCUCCACAUUUGUCUUAUUUGUUGUGCUGCAGACGCCCUCUGUCUGUGUGUGAUGAACCUCCCGUCGCACUCUGAUGUGCGCCUUUCACAAAAACUUCCGCUUCAGCUGCGGGUUUCCGUUCUUUACAAAAGAAGCACUAAAUCGACGAUGAACUCAAUAGUUCUUUAUAGAACUUUUUCAAAGUCGAAAAUGUCAACUAGUGAAGUUUUAACGAUUUGGGAAUGAGUACAUCGAGCUGGAAGUUACUGACUUGUAUGUGAUGUGAACAUUUGCUGUACAGAUGUUGUUGAUGUCUUAAUCAGUCACAGACCCCCCCCCCCCCCCCCCCCCCCCUCGCUCUGAUGUCUCCUUAAGUCUCUGAUGGGCGCUGUCAUCCUCAAUAAAACAGAUCAUGCCCCCUGUA